AUGUAUCAAUGGAUAUAUUUUCCAGGAAAAGGAGCCAAUAACUUCCUCCAAGGUAUAUUUGACCAUUGCCAUUCCAAGGUCCCUCACAAAAGUUAUACGUGGCAUCGUGCAUGUACUUGUAGUAUAAUUCCAAGGGGAAAUAGAACAGGGAAGUUGCAACGUAAAGAGGUAGGGUGA